AGGGGCGGGGCCACGCCGCCGACUCCGCUGGGGACUGAGCCGAGAUGGCGGCCGCUGAGGGGGUCGGGGAGGCUGCGCAGGGCAGCGAGCCUGGUCAGCCCGAGCCGCCGCCGUCCCAGCCGCACCCCUCGCCGCCCCAGCAGCAGCAGCAGCCCCAGCAGGAAGACGUGAUGGCGGCCGAGGCGGGAGAAGCGGUGGGGUCCCCCAUGGACGAUGGGUUCCUGAGCCUGGACUCGCCUACCUAUGUCCUGUACAGGGACAGAGCAGAAUGGGCUGAUAUAGAUCCAGUGCCACAGAACGAUGGCCCCAGUCCGGUUGUCCAGAUCAUUUACAGUGAAAAAUUUAGAGAUGUUUAUGAUUAUUUCCGGGCCGUUUUGCAGCGUGAUGAAAGAAGUGAACGAGCUUUUAAACUAACCAGAGAUGCUAUUGAGUUAAAUGCAGCCAAUUAUACAGUAUGGCAUUUUCGAAGAGUUCUCUUAAAGUCACUUCAAAAGGAUCUACAUGAGGAAAUGAACUACAUCACUGCAAUAAUAGAAGAACAGCCCAAAAACUACCAAGUUUGGCAUCAUAGGCGGGUAUUAGUGGAAUGGCUAAAAGAUCCAUCUCAAGAGCUUGAGUUUAUUGCUGAUAUUCUUAAUCAGGAUGCAAAGAAUUAUCAUGCCUGGCAACAUCGACAGUGGGUUAUUCAGGAAUUUAAACUUUGGGAUAAUGAGCUGCAGUAUGUAGACCAACUUCUUAAAGAGGACGUGAGAAAUAACUCUGUCUGGAACCAAAGAUACUUCGUAAUUUCUAAUACCACUGGCUACAAUGAUUGUGCUAUAUUGGAAAGAGAAGUCCAGUACACUCUGGAAAUGAUCAAACUAGUACCACAUAAUGAAAGCGCAUGGAACUAUUUGAAAGGGAUUUUGCAGGAUCGGGGUCUUUCCAAAUAUCCCAAUCUGUUAAAUCAAUUACUUGAUUUACAACCAAGUCACAGUUCUCCCUACCUAAUUGCCUUUCUUGUGGAUAUCUAUGAAGAUAUGCUGGAAAACCAGUGUGACGACAAGGAGGACAUUCUUAAUAAGGCAUUGGAGUUAUGUGAAAUCCUAGCUAAAGAAAAGGACACUAUAAGAAAGGAAUAUUGGAGAUAUAUUGGAAGAUCCCUUCAAAGCAAACACAGCACAGAAAGUGACCCACCAACCAGUGUACAGCAAUGACACCAUCUAGAAGAACUUGGUGUGCUUUUAUUUUUUUAAGAGACUCUAAUAUAGGAGUUUAAAACUAGAGCGAUCAUUCCCUUUGCCUGUGGUGUAAAACGUGCAUUGCACAGGUAUUGCUUUUUAACUAGAACUAAGUACGAUGCUCCUUGGGUGCUGCUGCUAUUCAGUCUAGCUCUAUUGUUUUAAAGCAAAGUAAUUUGGGGGGAGGGAGAAGAAACAGAAAAUCCCAUAAGGGAACUUUUGUAGCCUUAUCAACAUUUACUCUAAUCCCUUAGCAUCAACUCCUCCCCAAAUGGUAUAUGCAUCAGGAUUUGCAGCAUUCAUGAUUGCAGGUAACUUGUAUGUAAUGGAUAUGAGGUAACUUAAAUUUCAGUUCAGGAAGCAGGGAAUGCAAUUGUUACAUUAGAGCUGCUAUGCCACACUCACAGUAUCUUGCUAUCACUGUAACCAACUAAUGCCAAAAGAAUGGUUUUGUAAUAAAAUUAUAGAUGUAUCCUAAAACAAUGCCAUAGUAGUUUUUUGCUUUUUUUUAAGUAGCAUUUAACUAUAUACAAGGGACAUUAUCUUAGCUUAGAAAAGCAAUUGAGGAAGAAAAUAUUGCUAUAAAACUAUAGAAACUAGAAACAUGAUUAUGUUAAAGGAAAUGUCAUUAAAAUUUGAAUAAGUCAUCAGGUCUUAACUAUAUGUAACAGAAUCUACUAGAGGUAGUUUAAGGUAUAUAGAUAGCUCACAUAAUAAUUGCCUAACCUUUCAGAAAUACAUCCCAAAGCCACACUACAGAACUGGACCAUCACGUUGUUGUUGCCUGUGCUGGGAUCAGGAAACUGCUGGAUGAGGCGACCAGCUCCAGGACUGUCUACCUCUGCCACAUUUCACGGGAGCUUAUCUCCCCUUCUCAUGUAAUGCAGCUCCAAAUUAAAGGCUCACUUUAGUGCAUCUCAUUGGAAAGAACCUAAAUGAAAUCUAAAACUCUUUACCUGCCAAGGAAUUUGGGAAAUGUAGUGUAUAGCUUUCCAUCCUCUGCAUUUCAGGAAGAGAGGAAGGAGUUGAAAUGUUAAACAAGCUACUCUACCUUCACAUAAUUAAAUCUCACUUUAUCAAUAAAAAAUUUUUGUUCAAUGUUCAAAGCACCAAACUACAACUAAAGAAAUUAUAUAGAGUAGAAUAGUCAUGUCAAGAAUUCAGUAAAUAACAAUAUUUUAAUAUUUUAAUUCAAAUUUCCUGGAGAAAAUAGGGCGUAUUAUUUUUAACAUUUUCCAUGUUAGUUUUUUUGUUUUUAGACUCCAAAAAUCUCAUAUUUGAAAUUGCCAUAAAGUGUCACCCCUAUGUAGACUUUCAUAAGUGUCAUAAGGAACAGAAACAAUACAGAGAAAUUUUCGUAAGAUAGCAUUUACUCUCAGAAACUGUUUCAUCACUGUGCCAAACUUGAUUGGAUUCAGGGCUGCUGAAUCUCAAUAAAUCUCACAGAGACUGUUUAAUAAAAAGCCUAAUGGCAGUUUACUAAUUUACAUUCAGAACUGUAACCGAAGCAGACCAAACAGUUACAUCAGCCUAGCCACUUGGCAUUUUUUGCCUGAAGUUUAAUAAGGUGUCAAUGCUUUUAUCAAAAGGUUGCUUAGUGAGCAUGGAAUCAGGUGAGGAGGCUCCAUGGUUUAAAUGUACAAGUAUAAUGAUUUUAGGCUCAGAUACUGCUAACGAGGGCCAUCUAUCGCCUAAUGGGCAACUGGAUACAUAGACCCAGCAGUGCCCUUCUUUCAUUGGCCCUACAGUUAAAAGUCAUCUUUAGAGGGGUCUGCUAGUACGAAAUUAUUUGCCUAAUAGCAGUAUCACUGUGUUGCUAUUUGUAUAUUUGGUGCAAAAGCAAUGGUGGGUAAAACUGCUGGUGCCUUAGCACUAAUCAAGGCAGUGGUACUUAGUCGUCGUAUUCUGCACUGCCAUGCAUUCACUGAAGAAUGUCCUCGGUGAAUCAGUAAUUAUAUUCACAAUACUCUGUCUUUUCAAUAUUUUGUGUGACUGAAUGGAAGUAUGUAGAAAGCAUAUCUUUCUGGUUGUCUUGAAGAAAAGCAUUUGUGCUAUAUGUAAGUUGUGGGCUGAACAGGCUGCUUUUCAUCAAACGCCAUUUACUUGAACGAAUAACUAAUAAACUAAUUCAUACUUGGA